AUGAUGAACUCAAGUUCCCAUAUUUCAGCUCAUAAAAAUGACAUCGCAUACGAUUCAACUGGUGAAAUUCUAUUUAUUAUUGCAGUUCUCAUCUGGUAUUCCUUGGGUAUGGUUUGUAUGCUAGGUAUGCAGAUAAAAGCACGCGACGAAACAGUUGAAGAUUGUGCUCGACGUCGCGCUAAAGCUCUACUUGAAACUCUUCAUGAUCAGACACAUACAAAACAGAUACUUGAAGAACUCGUCGAUAAACAAAAGCGUGACAGACUCUGGGAUAUUUAUUUAGGAACAAGUGAGAAUAACAGUGAGAAAGUGAUUCAAGACGAUUUACUUCGCAUAAGAAAUAUCGAAAAGCAAUUAGCUGCUAUCAAUCAAAACCGAAUAUUUGCUAAUGAAAGUUUAAUAUCUUCAACGAUCUUUUCAGACAUCAUCGUCAAUGAAAAUCGCGUUCGCGUUCGACGUCGUUCAUCAUUAGAUCAGCAGAUUAUUGAACGAUGGAAAAUCUUAGUUGAACAAUGUCGAAAACAUGAACAAUUACCAUGGUCAAUACAAAAACUGAUGAUUCGUCGACAUUUUCGACGACAUUACAAAACCAUGUUACAACAAUCGGAUCAGAUUAAUAUGUCAAUGGAUGAUGAAAAGCAUCUCACCUCUGACUAUUAA